AAAAUUCAUUCCUCGUCUUCCUCUCUUGUAAGCCCUAUCGUUGUCUUUAAGCUGUGGCUUUGUAGGCUAUCCCGGCAUCUCCGAGGAUCUCCCAAAUUCAUAGCUUUCCUCGUGCCUCGCUUCUCUUCUUAUUCUCAUCUUCUCCGGCGAGUAGCACAAAUUUUGCUCCAGUUUUGGCUCCUGAAAGGUGGCUUGACAUAAAUUUUGGGAAAUUUGGCUCCAUGUACAAUAGUUCGGGACAUGGAAACUAUAAAGUAUUCAAUAUGUGCUCUCUUUGAGGAGGAUCGAUGCCAAUUUCACAUCUGUUGAGUGAUUGCUUUGUAGCAAGUCAUGUAACUCAACCAAUCGCAGCAAAAAGAGGAACAUUUUUUUCUUCUGGUGAUGAGGCAAUCAAUCGCUACCUUUUCAGUCUUAAUAUUGGACCAAACACCUGGUAAGUUUAUCAUACUCACAGCCUCUUCCUGGAAGAUGAGGAAAUCUCAACUCUGAAGUUUGAUUGGAAGUUUAAGCUUUUUCUUGUGAAAUCAAGUGAUGAUUUCUCAUAAUGUAAUCUUGUAGUUUGGAAAGUUUAGUGAUGUUCUUAUAUAUGGUGAAAUUAGAAAAUUUUGUAUUUUGCAAACAGGACUUGGUCUCAGUGCUCUGGAAGGAUGGCUAACUAUGACUUAACGUAGCAAUAGGUUUGCACCAUCAUUGGCCAGACAUGUACAUUUCCACCUCACAUGCUUGAUUGUGCUGUUUUAAGCAUAUAAAAGCAAAGCAUUUUUAUAUCUGGUUGGUUUCUCCUUUUUACACCACACAUUUAUUUUUUAGUAUCGCCUUUCUCUUAAGCCAUCACAUCGAUGGUUUCAUGAUUGUUUGUUAUCAUACAUUAUGCACAACCGGAAGAACCUGAUUUACCAAAAAUAUGAAAAGUGCUGAACAAGAUCUCCGUUGAAAGGAACUUGUUACCCUUCAAAGAUUGGCAUCCAUUAAAGUCAUAGGCUGCUUUUUUUUAAUGUUUUACACAAGUUUAUUCCAUUUUUUCCAGGUGUUUCUCAUAUUCUCCAGGUGAAACUCAUGGAACAUUGUUGCAUCAGCAGCGGUCAUUGUAUGCAAUACCCCUUUUGGUUUGGCUUUCAUUAUUAUAUAUUUCUGCAUGUUAUAUUCAACCUGAAAUGGUGAUGAUGAAGUUAUACUGAUGCAGUUCUAUUUCAGCAACAACCACCAUUUUCUUUACUUAUCACUAUGAUUGAUCGAACUCCAUGAGAAACUGAUCAAUGUUUAUACACAUCAAAAUCCUCAUGCUCUCUACUUUGAUGAGUUUUAUUUGCGGACCAGGGAGUAGCUGGUUGAUGUUGAACUUGAUAAAUGCCUGUGGUUCAUGAAGCAAACUACAACUAAAGGCAUACGAAAAGUGCAAAGUUGGUUCCACGCCAAACAGGAGGAUGCCUCCCACCAGCAUAUCAUACACCAAUAACAAUGUUGACACCAUCAAUUUUUUGUUUGUUUUCCCCCCUUUUUCUUUUUUGAAAAAAAAAAACUUGUGAGCUUUUCAUGAUGUUGAUUCUUUUAUCAGGCAGCAAAGGUGGUUUUUGGCCCACCAGGAGAAAUACAUUUGGUAGGUCUACAUCUCAAACGAAGCGCAUGUGCCUAUACACCAAGUCACCGCGGUCCACGAUCAAAGAAUUAGCAGGCUCUACCUUUCUUUCACUCUCAAUCAAGUUUUCAUGGGUGGUCGCCAUCAAUGGCCGCCGCCGGCGGCCAUCUCCGGUUGAAUGCGCCGCCGUCGGCGAAUCAAACGCAAGGAGUGGAGCAGCUCCUUCCCACUCCACCACCAGCUACACUAAAGAGAAAAAAAAGAAUUUUUCUUUUCUUCGGGUUUUGCUUUCAUGGCGACUGCCAACAACGCAUCGUCCUCGACUGCGACGGUGGAAGACGCGGCGGUGAGAGCGGCGAGCAAGAGAUAUGAAGGGUUGAUGAUGGUGCGAACGAAGGCGAUCAAAGGGAAGGGUGCGUGGUACUGGGCACACCUCGAACCCAUCCUCGUUCGCAACACCGACACCGGCCUCGCCAAGGCCGUCAAGCUACGGUGUUUGCUCUGCGACGCUUUGUUCUCGGCGUCCAACCCAUCACGCACCGCCUCCGAGCAUCUCAAGCGUGGGACGUGCCCCAACUUCUCCUCUUCGCCUUCGCCUCACCCUCGUCCAAUCUCUUCUAUCGCCCCGCCUCCCAACUCUCGCAAGCGCUCCCCUCCUUUCCAUGUCUCCCCGCUCGCUCUCGUCGAUCCUUCUUCGUAUUCCUCCACUCCCCCACCGCCACCACCACCACCUCCGCCGCCGCAACAACAACUUGUGCUUUCCGGCGGGAAGGAGGAUCUCAGCGCUCUGGAGAUGUUUGAAGCCAGCGUGAAGAGGCUUAAGAGUCCGAAGGCUUCUCCUGGUCCUGCGCUUUCGAAGCCUCAGAUUGAUACGGCGAUGGCGUUGCUCGCCGAUUGGGUGCACGAGUCUUGUGGAGCUGUGUCUCUCUCCGCUCUCUCCCACCCAAAGUUCCGAUCUUUUCUACACCAGGUCGGCCUUCCUCCCAUCUCUCCCCGCGACCUCACCGGCCCUCUCUUGGACUCCCGCUUCGACGAGGCCCGCCUCGACUCCGAUGCUCGUCUCCGCGACGCGCUCUUCUUCCAGCUCGCCUCUCAUGGCUGGAAACCACCUUUCCCCGCCGCCGACCCCGUCGUCAGCCUCACCGCCAACCUCCCCAACGGCACUACCCUCUUUUGCAACACAGUCUUCGUCCACAACCCUCGUGUGCCCUCCAAGUACGCGGAGGAGAUCCUCUGGGACGCCGUCACUGGGCUUUGCGCCGGCGGGCUGGAGCAACGUUGUGUGGGGAUCAUCGCCGACCGGUUCAAGAACAAGGCCUUGCGUGAGCUUGAGAACCGGAAACAGUGGAUGAUCAACAUCCCUUGCCAGCUUCAGGCUCUCCGCAGCCUUCUCAAGGACUUCGCCCGCGAGCUCCCUCUCUUCCACUCCGCCGCCGCCAACUGCUCCAAGCUCGCAUCUUUCUUCAACUCUGAGUCUCAGGUUCGCGUCCUCUUCCACAAGUACCAACUCCAAGAACUCGACCACUCCGGCCUCCUCCGCGUGCCACCUCGCCAAUCCGAAUCCUCGCACGACUUCGACCCUAUCUUCGCUAUGUUCGAGGACGUAAUGGGCAACGCCCGGCCCCUACAAUCGGUGGUUCACGAUGAGAACUACAAGCUAGCGUGCGCCGAAGACUCCACCGCUCGAGAGCUCUCCGAGAUGAUCCGAGACGUUAGACUCUGGAAUGAAUUAGAAGCCGUGCUUUCCCUCGUCAAGGUAGUGAAGUCCAUGGCUGCGGAGUUGGAAACCGAGCGGCCAUUGCUCGGACAAUGUCUACCAUUAUGGGAUGACUUACGGUCAAAAGUGAAGCAAUGGUGCUCAAAGUUCAGCAUUGAUCAUGGGGUUGCCGACAAGGUGAUAGAGAAAAGGUUCAAGAAGAACUACCACCCGGCAUGGUCAGCAGCCUUCAUCCUUGACCCGUUGUACUUGAUCAAGGACGCCAGCGGGAAGUACCUGCCGCCGUUCAAGUGCUUGACGUCGGAGCAGGAGAAGGAUGUGGACAAGUUGAUAACUCGGUUAGUUUCACCUGAGGAGGCUCACAUUGCUCUCAUGGAGCUGAUGAAGUGGAGAUCAGAGGGAUUGGAUCCUCUCUAUGCUCAAGCUGUGCAGAUGAAGCAACCUGAUCCGAUGACCGGAAAGAUGAGAAUCGCCAACCCGACGAGCAGCCGGUUGGUGUGGGAGACAUGCCUAAGCGAGUUCAAAUCACUAGGGAAGGUGGCUGUCAGACUUAUCUUCCUCCAUUGCACUUCAUGCAGCUUCAAGAGUAAUCCUUCACUUCUCCGGUUAGCCACCACGCAUGCACCGCCGGCAUCCCGGACCGCCAUUGAUCGAAUACAAAAGAUGAUCUUUGUAGCAGCACACUCAAAGCUGGAAAGGCGGGAUUUUUCCAGUGAGGAAGAUAAAGACGCUGAGCUCUUUGCCAGUGAAAGAGAGGAUGAUGUACUCAAUGAGGCUUUCAUGGAUGUCUAGCUAGCUCCUGAUCAGUGUAACAUUUUUUUCCCAAAAAAAAAAAACUUUUGAUUUAUUCAUCAUCUUCUUCUUAUUGCCUGUUUUUUUUUUUUUAAGAAUUGCAUUUGUAGUAUUGUCAUAAUUCUUUCCAAACGAGUU